AUAUCGAUGGACGAGGGACGAAUCAGUUUUCUCUAGUUGACAGCGAUAGAGAUGUGCCGUUUAUCUGGACAGAAGCUCAUAUUCUUCGAAAAAAAUAAAUAAAACAAUGGGUAUCAAGAGCUACAGACUAAGAGCUGUUUAUGUUGCCUCUGGCAUCAUCGGGAUAUUUCUUUUACAUUAUCUUAAAAACUCCAUUGCGUCUUGGGAAUCAUUGCCUGCAUUUCAUCAGCAAUACAGUAAGUCAACGAGCAAUAUGACAUUUUCUCUCAAUGCUUCGGUCAACAAGAUAGGAAAACAAAUGAAAAAUAUUCAUUUCUAUAAUCCCCGGUUUUUUCAUGCGUUUGGUGAUUGGAUUUUAGACACCUGGGGAACAGCUAAGAAAUUUGAAGGUUGUCCUGUAUCUGAUUGUAUUGUAACCAAGGGAAAUAUCGCAAUAGACAAAAUAGAUGCCAUUAUAUUUAAGCCAAGAGACAUGGGCAAAUGCCCGUCAAGCAAACCGCCCGGACAAGUGUGGAUAUUUGCUGAAUUCGAGAGCCCUAGCUAUUAUUUUAAAACGAAAUGUUUUUAUGAUCUAAAGAACAAAGUGAAUUGGACAAUGACAUAUCGGCGAGAUGCAGACUUUACUCUUGAGCAUGGCUACUUCAGAAAAGGAAAUAAACCCAAAUACAGCAACAAGGACCUGGACGAAAUUUUUGCAAUGAAAAACAAGACGGCAGUGGUUUUCAUUAGCCAUUGUCCAUUAAAAAGUGAAAGAUUAAAAUUUGUCAAACUCCUGCAGUCCCAUGGUAUACAAGUUGACGUCUUUGGCUCAUGUGGAACAAUAUUGAAAGAGUGUGGUAAUAAACUUCGCUACCAAGCAUGUUUCAACAUAUCAGGGAUUCUUAAACCUGAUUGUUUCAUUUAUGUUCUACCACAAUAUAAGUUUUUCCUUUCGUUUGAAAAUUCUCUUUGUUUGGAUUACACGACAGAAAAAUCUCUACAUCGCGUUAUGCAACAUCCGAUCAUACCAGUAAUACGCGAUGGCAGUAACACAUCCAUGUUACAUCCCCCUCAGUCCUACAUAAACACAGACGAUUACAAAUCUGUUAAAGAGCUUGCUGAGCAUAUGAAGAUGUUGGUUGACAACAAGACAGCUUACUUGGGAUAUUUCAAAUGGAAACAGCAUUACUAUUCGGAGGAUAUGUACUUGGAAUGGAACGCAACAUUUUGCAGGAUAUGUGAAAGACUUCACAAUCCGGAAAAUUAUAGACGCAUUUAUGGUAACAUUGCAGCUUGGCACAUUUCACCAAGAGGGAAAAAUGCGUGUUACGAUGUUACAGAUCUCAAGUCAUGACAUUAACAUGUAAAACACGUGUUCUGUAAUACAAAGAAUAACAACCCGUAGCAUCAACAUGAAAACACGUAUGUUAUAUAUAAUACAAAGGAUAUCAACCUGUAGCAUCAUCAUGCGAAACACGUGUGUUACACAAAGGAUAUCAACACGUAACAUCACCAUUGAAUACACGUGUGUUAUAAUACAAAGGAUGUUCACCUAUAACAUCAACGUCAUUUAUGUUUGCCCUCCGUAUACAUUGCCCGCUAAACAAUGUGUAAGGGCAAUACAGAAAAGUAUUGGAAGACAAGCAUUUCAAUCAUAUUACCGUUCUCAACAUCAGGUUGAUCAUAGACUGGAUUCACAAUCCUGAAAAUUAUAGACGCAUUUAUGGUAACAUUGCAGCUUGGCACAUCAUUUCACCAAGAGGAAAAAAUGCGUGUUACAAUCCUACAGGUCUCAACCUUUGACAUCAACGUGCACAACACGUGUGUUAUAAUACAAAAUAUAUCAAACCAUUACAUUUCGAUGUAAAUGAUGUUAGAUUCGAAUACUAAAUAUAUAGUUUUUCCCUUCUCUUAAGGUUCAUGCAUUUACUAUCGUAAGCACAGGGUAAAAAAACCAUCAAUUUCCAUGGGUAAAUUAUAUUAAUCCAUCAUAAAAAAUUGAGGAAAUUGGUAUAUACACGUACAAUGUUAAGAAAAAGGACAUAAUUAAAACCAAUUGGAAUUUUUUAGAAAAGGAAACGUAAUUCACUAUUUAUAAAUUAUUGAAAUAUCUAUCUUUACGACUAAGGAACCCAAUAAUGUAAGUGUAUUGAUGUUUGACUUAUGUAUUAUAUAUCACUUGAUAAUUCACACUUGUAUACCGUUUACUAACUACCCAAUCAUUCUUAUUGGAUUUGGAUAUUUGUAUAACAUGCUGAAACAAUUGUAUAUAUGAUUAAAUAAAAAGCAUAUAUGAGAAAAGAGGUUCAGUUGAAAGCCUAUAAGGCAGACACGGUCGAAAGCUUUUGGAGAUGUCACAAAAGAAUUAGACAUCAUGUUUUUUUGUUUCUAAAGCUAUAAGUAUGCUAUAAUAUAAUUAUUUGAUAAAAUAAGGUGACGAGUUGUUGAAUAAUCAGGUAGAAAACCCGACUGAAGCUUGUUUAGAAGAUUCUGGUUUACAAGGCAAUUAAUGAUAUGUAGUUAAAUGAUGUUUUUUGGCUGUUUUUCGGUAAAGAUAACAACUCUCUAUGUUCGUAUCAGAAAAUUUGUGCUUCAAUUGUAACACAAAAUGACUCAACAAUUGAAAGUACGAGUGUAUUCCGUUCAAUGAUAAAAUAAGUGGAAGUGCAAAUCAAAUUAUAUGUUAUUGGAAAACAUAUUUCCUCGUUGAUUUCUUAAAGUAUUGUUGAUAGAACUGUUUUUUCUCGGAUAUUGACAACUUGAUCCCGGACACGUCAAAAGUCGGUCAAGUUACGGCAAUUUAUGUCGGCAAAUUAAACAUUAGUUCAACAUUGAACCGUAAAAGG